CGCUUGGUUCGGGUAUCGGAUUUCUCACCGAGGCGCAAAGGCCGACUAUUUUGCCCACCCAAAUUACUCGGAAUUGGUGCGCGAGGGACUGCUAAGGGGCCCAGCAUUGAUAGGAAAAGUUGCUCAUUGGUGGGAUGGAUCCCUUGACAUCGGGGGCUUGGAUGACGGGGCGUGGGGGAGGAAAGCACUUCGCUGCAGCCCCGCGGGGUUAUUGAUGCCAACGAGUAUAUAAGGUUGCCAGCAAGGCCGUCAGGUUGGACAGAUCAGCUUUGUGCGACUCUACUUUAUAAUCCACGCUGCAUUGACCUCGUUGGUUCAUUGCAUCUUAUAACUUCAAUUGAUACCCCACACCGUUUUCAAACUCAUCGCACCGCAUCGAACAUGUCGAUUCUCAUCACUGGUGCAGGAGGCUAUGUUGGCCAAGAGCUGGCCGCUGGUCUUCUUGCAACUACCCCUGCUUCGACCACCGUGACUAUCACGGAUGUUGUCGAGCCAACAGUCCCCGAGUCCGCGACAGAGUACGCCAAUCGUCUAAUUCGUGUAGGCGCCGACCUUACCUCGACGAAGGAGGUGGACGAACUGAUCAAUGCUUCCAAACCCUACGAGACGGUGUAUAUCUUGCACGGAAUCAUGUCCAGUGGCUCCGAGGCAAACUUCGAGCUGGGCAUUCGAGUCAAUCUCGACUCAACACGGUAUAUCUUGGACCGACUACGUGUGACGAUGCCGGGCGUUAAGGUGAUCUUCACCUCUUCGUUGGCAGUCUAUGGCCCUGCGCCUCCAGGCUUCGUCAUUGACGAGACCAACUUCCCGCCUGUCCCUUCGUCCUCAUACGGAUCACAAAAGCUCAUCAUCGAGACUCUGGUGACGGACUACUCGCGCCGCGGGUUCCUGGACGGACGCAGCGUGCGACUGCCUACCGUGACCGUUCGAGCUGGAAAGCCCACACAGGCUGCCAGCAGCUUUGCUAGUGAUAUCAUCCGAGAGCCAUUCCAUGGCAAGAAGGCUAUCCUGCCAGUAGGCAAGGAAACUGAGAUGUGGAUCUGCUCGCCACACACGAUUAUCAAGAACCUGAUCCAUGCGCGUACCGUGCCCAAGGAGGCCUUUGGCGAAUCACGAUCAGUCAAUCUGCCCGGAUUGAAGGUUAGUGUGCAAGAAAUGCUGGAUGCGCUUGAGGAAAUUGGUGGAAAGGAGCGACGGGCGCUCGUCGAGGAGAAGUACGAUGCUGCCACGGACAAGAUUGUGCAGUCGUGGACUCCUCAGUUCUCCACUGAUCGCGCAUUCAAGUUGGGUUUCCAUGCGGAUAUUUCCAUGACCGAGAAUAUUAAGCAGUUUGCCAGUAAAUUUGUAUGAUAGAGACCGGGCGGAGCAAGAGCAGGGCGA